UCUGAUUUUAUUAUACUAUACGAUUAAAAUAGAGUUCUCAUCGUGCUCCCGCAGCUUAUAAGCGCGCUAAGCCGGCGCACACUGGCAUCCGGAGUAAGCACCAAACACCAAAAUCGUACAAGGCAGGAUUUCACCUACCCUACCCUAGCCCUACACGUGUAUGGCCGACGUUUGCUAGCGCUGGGCUCUAAUACGCUGGGUCUAAUAUUUUCGUACUCAACUUUUGUACUACGCCUCUCGCCGCGUCCAAUCAUGUGCAACCCCGUUGACCUGUCCGGUCCCGGGAACUCAGCUGCCGUCCCUGCUCCGCCCUCCGGAACUUUCAGCUUCCUGGGGGACAGAGUCCAUCAGCCGCCAGCAGCUAAUCCGCCAGCUAGUCCGCAAUGUGCGCUAUUGGCCAGCUCGCUCAGGAUCAGUUGACGAUGGCUUCGAAGAGAAAUAGAUACGUAUAGAUAUAUAAAGACUCAAGUGAACCUUGCAAUGUAGAACUUUGCCCAUCAUCAUCACCACCAACUUCAAAAAGACAAACAAACUCAAGUUUCUUCUUUUCUUUGAGUUAUCUAUUUCCUCGACUUUAUUUCCAUUACUAUUUCCUGCCACUUCAGCUCAGCUACUACUACUAACACCGAUAUUCUCUCAUAAACCACACUAAAUCAUUUCAAUCGUCCUUUCUUACCUACCUAGGUAACUAUCCAAUACAUCAUGUUCAGCAUCAGCACCAUCGCAGCCAUCUUGGCCCUCUCCUCCAUCACCCUAGCCGCGCCGGCUUCUAUCCCCACCGCUACCGGGACCCCUAUUCCUACUCCUACCCCUGCUCCUGCUCCCGCUCCUGCUCCCGCCACGCCGACGGGCCUGAGCAAGGUCCAGCAGAUCCUGCUGUCGGACACGCGCGCGGACGCGGUGAACAACGUGCUCAAGGACGACGCGGACUUGGUGUUCGACUUCAACAAGGCGCGCAAGUUCGGCCCCGGCAAGGGCGGCGAGAUCGUCACCGCCAACCGCAAGGCGUUCCCGGCCCUGGCGGACACGGGCAUCGGCAUGGCCGUCGGCUUCCUCGGGCCCUGCGGGUUCAACACCCCGCACGUGCACAACCGCGCCACCGAGCUGCUCGUCGUCACCAAGGGCAAGGUCGUGUCCGAGAUGGUGGUCGAGAACGGCGUCGAGGACGCUGAUAAGAAGCCUCGCGAUAUCACGAACACUAUUGAAGAACUCCAGGCGACCCCAUACUUCAUGGGCGCGCUGCACACGCAGUUCAACCCGACGUGCGACGACGUGACGUUCAUCGCGCCGCUGUCGAGCGACGACUUCGGCGCCAAUACCAUCGCCCAGGCGUACUUCGCGCUGGGGGACGACACGAUCCGCGCCGCGGCCGGGAACUCCAUCGACGGCGCGGACGUGGACAAGUUCCGCGGGCUUCUCAGCACCAACGUCGCGCUGGGCGUUGAGCAGUGCCUGAAGGCUUGCGGCAUAGCCAAACGUUGAGUGUCCUAACCUACAUACCUAGAAGGUGGAUUUUGGGAUAGGAGGUGCCAGAGGUGUUUUGGGGUACGGAUUUAAUGACUAGAAUGAUGUGAUACAUGUGGAGUUGGGAGGGUACGGUGUAUAGGCGAGUUAAUUGGCGGUAAGAUAGGUAUAGGUUGGGCGGUUAUAGUUGGGUGAGGUUGGGAUUGGAAGCAUAAGCGUUGAUUCUGUAAAGGUUGGCUUUGUACAUUCGUUAUCUUAAUGGGCGUUGACUAUUAUAAUGAAAAUCUCAUGACUCGACCUUUUCAUAUCGUAUAGAAUGUAUUGUAACUAUG